GGGGUUAGGUUGCGCGCCGGAUAUAUGUAGCCGGCGGGUGAGCACGCCGUUGCGUGAGGUCUUUCCGUUCCCCGACCGGCCUGUAGCGAAGCCUCCUGCUCCAGUCCCGCUCCGUCCGCAGAAGGGGGAACAAGAGCAGAGAAGAUUUGCCCAGGAUCAGCUGGCAGUCAGUGUCAAAGCCUGGAAUAGAACUCAAAUCUCCUGAAUCACAGUCAGUUGCUCUGUUCACUAGGCUGUGCUGCCACCCUUCUACAAGUUAUAUGGCCUCCCUUCUACAACAGUAACUAGAGUUUGUUGCAGACCUAGUGUUGGCUGGCUGAAAUGAGUGAGUGUGCUGAUGAUCCAGGUCAACUUUUUGUUAGAAACAGUUUUCAGUUGACCAAAGAAAUGGUGAUGGAGAAGCCAAGUCCCCUGCUGGUCGGGCGGGAAUUUGUGAGACAGUAUUAUACUCUGCUGAAUCAAGCACCAGACUACCUGCACAGGUUUUAUGGAAAGAAUUCUUCCUAUGUCCAUGGUGGCUUGGAUUCCAAUGGAAAACCAGCUGAUGCAGUCUAUGGGCAAUCUGACAUCCACAAGAAGGUGCUGUCACUGAACUUUAAGGACUGCCACACAAAGAUCCGUCAUGUGGAUGCCCAUGCUACUCUUAAUGAUGGUGUUGUAGUCCAGGUGAUGGGAGAACUCUCCAAUAACAUGCAACCAGUACGCAGGUUCAUGCAGACGUUUGUACUUGCACCCGAGGGUUCUGUUGCAAAUAAGUUUUAUGUCCAUAACGACAUCUUCCGCUACCAAGAUGAGGUUUUUGGUGAUUCGGACACCGAGCCUCCGGAGGAAUCCGAGGAGGAGGUGGAGGAACCUGAGGAAAGACAGCAGACCCCUGAGACAGUUGAUGAUCCCGGCGCUUACUAUGAGCAGUCUGUAAGCAAUGACUUGGAGGAACAGCUGGAGGAGUCAGUAGUGGAACCAGAACCGGAGCCUGAACCGGAGCCUGAACAGGAGCCAGAACCAGAAGUGCAGGAAGAAAAAUCUGAGCCAGUAUUGGAGGAAACUGUUCCUGAGGAGACUGUGGAAAAGAGUCCUUCUCCGGUGCCUGCAGAUCCUGCUCCUGUGGUGCAAGAGGACUCCAGGACGUUUUCGUGGGCGUCUGUAACCAGCAAGAACCUCCCACCCAGUGGAGCUGUUCCAGUGUUGGGAAUACCACCUCAUGUUGUGAAAGUACCAGCCUCGCAACCCCGUCCUGAGUCCAAGCCUGAAUCCCAGACUCCACCACAGAGGCCACAGAGGGACCAGAGGGUGCGGGAGCAGCGAACAAGCAUCCCGCCACAGAGAGGGCCAAGACCAAUUCGUGAAGGUGAGCAGGGUGACAUGGAAACUAGACGGAUUGUUAGGUACCCAGACAGUCACCAGCUAUUUGUUGGGAACCUUCCUCAUGAUGUGGAUAAAACUGAACUGAAGGACUUCUUCCAAAAACUUGGCUCCUCUCUUGCAGAUUAUGGGAACGUUGUGGAACUUCGCAUCAACAGCGGUGGGAAGCUCCCGAACUUUGGGUUUGUGGUGUUCGAUGAUCCUGAACCAGUUCAGAAGAUCCUUAGCAAUAGGCCCAUCAUGUUCAGGGGAGAGGUGCGUUUGAACGUGGAGGAGAAGAAAACACGAGCUGCCAGGGAGGGUGACCGCAGAGACAACAGACCACGUGGACCUGGAGGCACUCGGGGAGGGCUGGGAGGUGGGAUUCGAGGGCCUCCACGUGGAGGAAUGUCUCAGAAACCAGGAUUUGGAGCUGGAAGGGGCAUCGGGCAACGCCAGUGAAUGCAUCAAGGAUGUUGGCAUGGUGGCACAAACCCUUGUUCCUGCAGAUUUGUGAAUUUCAGCCUUGAGUAUCUUGGAAUGUGGCCCUGGCCUGUUAUAGACUGCUACGUUUGAUACUGUUUUGGCCCCUUUUUGUUUGUUUGUUAUGGUU